UGACCGUCCGCUGCAUUUGAAUCAAAAUCAGUAUCACGAAUGCUCGGCUUAGCCAGCAGGGCGGUCGACCCUCUCAGCUCCAUCCAGAUCUCCGUCCGCCGCUCUUGCUUAUCCAAACCCAUCUAGAGUUGGCGGAGCGGAUAUCGGCAUGAAGCGCGCUGAUUCGCACACAGAGCCAAGCAGCAUGUCCGAAGGAAUGCUCUCACCAAGCAACAGGGCCAAUCAUGCCAUUGCCAGCCCGCCACAAACGCACGCAGCAGCAAGUAGCAGAAUCAGAGCACGCGGUAGCGCUCAGGCCUCUACCAAAGCUGAAUUCGGGGCCCUGGCUCGACGCCAAAUCCCAGUACAGGAACUUCACAGACCUAUUUCGGCCUCUCAGCCCUCCCACCACUCUGCCGCCAGAGCCAUGAGUACGACGCGUGAGAGCGAUGCUUGGGAUUAUCGAUCCUUUUCUCAACCUGUAAACGGCAUGAUGCCGUCGCACUGCAAGAUUUCUGGGAACACAUCCGCUACUCAGUCGGUGGGACUGCUGCCGUCUCUACAGCCACGUAGGGCGAUCGCGCGCUCAAGGAGCACCACUCCAUCGUCAUCUAUGCCUGAUCUCGAUGCUUCCGCGUCCGCCUCAUCGCUUCAGUCUCGGGGUCAUUGCGCAAUAGGCAGAAGCCCUGAGGCGAGGGAUGAGGAGUUGCUGACCAAUGAAUUCCCCAGGAGAAGUCCUGCGCUCGGGAUGGGCUGGCGAUCUCCGCCGCCUCCAAGGUCAGGUACCGGGGGCGAGAGUUCAGAUUUUGGUGAUGCGGGCCCCUCUUCUGGUCGUGCUGUCUCUCCGACUGUGCCGGCGUACAGUCUGCCUCACGAGCAUGCUGCGGCGAGUGUUGCGACAUCAACGAGACACAGAGAUAAUGGCGUACCUGAAGAGGUGCAAGCGUUCGUGAACGCGCCGCUGACCCCACCUAGGCGCAAUCUACGCGAUCGUAAGCCAGCGCAGCUCAAGCCUUACACCGUGGAAGGUCUCACUUAUCGCCGCAGGCUUCUCCGAAAUGACUGGGAGGACGCUGUCGUUAGCCAAAGGGAAAUCCGGGAGAAGAUUCGUCAGGAGCUAGACGCAGAGUGGGAAGAAGCCAAGAGGAAAGACGUGGCACUCAGGGAAGCAGACGAUCAGGUCGCCACGAGACACGCGUGGGAAAAGGAUCUGAGACGCCGGAAGCGCGAAGAGCGGAAGCUGAAGCAGAAGGAGGAGAAGAGGAAAGAGAAGGAGAGAAAAGCAGCACACCGGUCUCGCAAUGCUAGAGAACUCCGCACUGCACCAGACACCGCGUCUCUGUUCGCUGCAUUUGGCGGCGAGCUAACGUCAGAUGACGAUGUCAUCGUGGACAAUGACAAGGGUGUGCGAAGCGAGCCUGCUGUGCUCAUCUCGCCCGGCCGACGCGAACAGCCAAUCACCAGCUACAAAUCUCGCAGGACCCAUCAGGGCUCUGCCUCACCCACUGCGGCGCGUCCAGUCGGCACAGAGGCGAAUGGUGAUUAUACUGAUGAUUCCGCGUCACAGCCAAUCCGGCCUCGUAAACGGCUGAGGCGCUUGCAUCAGGCGCGCUCGAACUCAGGCUCCGAUUCCCAGAGGGCCAGAUCAAUGUCUGUCCUGUCUGUUUCCGACUCAGACUCUUCUGGGUCAUCUGCUACGGAGGCGGCUACUCGCGCAGCCUCGAAUUGCACCGAUGCACGCCCCUCGAGAGCCGAUGCUGCGGAGCUUGAGGAGUACUACGCUCAACAACUGCGUAUCCUUCGGCGCGUCAUGCCGCUUGGCAUGGCCAAGAAACACAUCGAAGACUUGCGAGCAAUGCAUCGCGGCCACGACUACCACUCUGAUGGACACAUCUCUGCGACUCCCGAGCCCGCUAGCGGUAGCGACGCCGAGAGAAACUCUCUUACGCCUCCUCCACAGCGCUCGACCCCUGCAACAAGCAUCGACGCACUACAAGGUACAGGCGAAGACACGGAGUUGAUCCCUGGACAGGCUAGGCGCAGGGUUGCAAAGAAUAGUGCAAUUCGGGAUGACGCCCGGUUCGUGAUUGAGGGCGAUCCCCUCUCGAGUGAUGACGCACCCACGCCAGUCAGCGUCAGCAGCGACAGCGAAUCUGACACUGACAAUGCCGACGGUCGAGGAGUGCGGUGGUGGACGAACACUUCUUCAUGGCCUGCGAUAAGCACUGUUCCGCGCAAGCCAAAGCGAGUCAAGGACGACAUUGAUCGCCUGCUUUCACGAACAGGUGUUCGUCAGCCUCAGCGCAGCAGACUACGUACCAGCUCUGAUCGUCCGAAGCAGCGACAUGCGAGGGCGCUCGGUGACGUGCCUCGUGACAGAUCCUCAUCUACCCGCGAACAUAGGGGAACUUCCAAUCGUCGUUCACGCGGCAGCCGUGCGUCAAACGCGUAUAGUCACAGGUAUCCCCCCUACCGCCCCGUCAACCCGCCCAUUGCUCAUCCUAGAUCUAUCAAGAGCCUGGAUCUCGUGGACGACAAGGUGCUCUUUGAUGUAGAGUGGCAGGCAGAACAGCCUGAGGUUGAUGGCCGAACGGCAGCAUCUCUGCUUCUGCCUGACGAAGAGUUGCCGCGGCAAAUGUCACGAACUGCAGGCGCGGACCGGUCGCCCCGUUUCUCAAAUGACGCCUUGCGUCUUGCUUCUCUCGACAGCCCGAGUCGUGUUCAUGUCGAUCUGAUCAAUGACCUGGCCACGCCAGCACGGCUUCUGGCUAGCUCAGAGCCAAAGUCAUUGCCCGCUAGGAAGACACAGCAGCGCCUCGACGAGUUCAUACCUAGUCGCCAAUGCAUCACACCUCGUGCGCCGAUGCCCGAUCAUCUGCAAAGCCAACAGCGCGAAGCGGACGCAUGGGCCGAACUUGGAUUCCUGACUCUCGACUUUGGUAUUCGGCCCUUGCCUAUCGGCAUUUGCUUUGAUUCGUCUACCUCUCUCGGGCGCGGCAAGUUGCACGACUUGCUCGCGCCCCGGGAUGGCGCGCGGCAGCCCCCUCCACCCGGAGCAGGAAGCACUUUCUUCGGUGUCGCGUUGCAGUUGCACAACUCGGACAGCGAACUCAUCGAGUACUUGCCCAAGCUCUUCGACAACAUGUUCGACGAAUUUGAUAAGCUGCAGCAAGAGCCGUCCAUUGCGCGCGGCUCUCGUCUACGAAUGAGUAUUGCUGAAGCAGCUGACUUCUUCCUGUCUUGGUCUCCAACACGUCUGAGCUCAAGCAGCACCAGCACUGGCACUUCGUGGACAAUGCAGCUCCUUUCCGAGCUUGCGCGGCUACAACAUCGACUUGCCAGCAUCGGCGUACACCAUCACGCAAAGGAGCAUAUGAUCGAGAGCGUCCUGGCAAUUCGCUGGCUAGCGCUGCAGCUCUCCUGGCGUAGCGUCUUUACCAAUCUUGAAAAGACCGCAGACGGUCCAACAACGGAGAUCGGCGACGAGACCACUCUUCUGAAUGGCAUGGCUCAGGUCGCUGGCGAUCUCAUGGUCGUUCUGCUUUGUCACGGUCUGCAUAGGACCAUGAAGAGCGUGAAGGAUGCCAUGCGCUCACACACGAAAACCUCCGGACUUGUUAUACUGCGCGACUACUCGGCAGAACUGUGGGUGUCUCUCAUCCACUUGCUGUCCGAGCCACUCUGCACGCGACACGGACUAAGUUUCUGGCUCGUCUUGGAAAAAGCUGUCAGCCACUGGGAUAACCUGAUCCGAGCGCGCUCGAACGUUGUCUCUGCCGAGAGCGUCUGGUACAUCGUGCUCAGCAUGUGUGCGCUCUCCCAAUUCUCUUCUUCACACGGCAGCACUGGCCAGCGUCCUAAGCUAGACGCUUCGUGGAGUAUGAUCAAGAAUGCUCUGGAUCGCGUACGUCUGCGAUUCGACACGGAGGUGGAGCGCACCAUGCCCAGCGCAGCAAUCAGCAAGCGCGAUCAAUACCUUAAAAUCGUAGUACAGCGGUGUCUGAACCUUUCUUCGCUAUGGCACUGGCGUUUCGUUGGCGCCGAGGCAGUCAUGACGCACCUUUUCAAGCUGUUCGACGCCCACCGGUUGACGAACCUCCCUCGCGAGACGGAUCACGACUUUGCGCCCUUCCUUCGGGAGUACGACGCGAGGCUCCUGUACGAUGCAGCACGCCACGAGUCGACUGCUUUCCACGUCUUCAUCAAGCUCCUUGCUGCUGCUUGCAAAGAAAUCAGCCAAUCUGCAGCUGACAAGGCUAUCGGCGAUCGCCAGGUGUCGCGACUGAUGUCCAGGGUGUUGCCAAUGCGGGUAAUGCCUUUCACGCAGAGCAAACCCCCUACCGCGUUGGAGCGCUCGAUGCUUUUCAAUCACUAUUCGCUUGCGAUGCUUUUCCUCUUCACUGUUCCCUCGGCCGCAACGCAGCGUCUGCGCCAGAUGAAGAGUUUUCUGGCUUUUGGCGACGCCGAUCUGGCCUCUCAAGUCACCUGCAUUCGUGCAAUGCUGUACGCUGCAGUCAUCUUUCGACACCAUAAGCAACCGCUUGAACCGAUCAUGCGCUGGUUCUCCUCAUCAUUCGCAAGCCUCUUGAAGAAAUUUGGUGCUCUGGAAGUCGAAACACGUCAUGCUCCUUCGGCAGCAGUGGCUAGUCUGCGGGACGAGCAAGUGCAUCAAUCAAAAGUGAGGCAGCAGCGCUCAAUUACUAGCCUGAUUGUCACUGCUCUGCGAUCUGUGCAACACAUGAUAGACAGGACAACGUUGGAUCCCGCACAGCAGAUACUGACACUAUAUCCUGAUCUUGCGCUGCUCGAUCACGCUUGGACUUGCGACGUUCUUGAGACUCAGCUGGCUGUCGAUCCGUCGGUCGGCAACGAAGCGAUGAAGAUCAUCCAAGCAUUCUUAUUGCACCGCAAUAGAGCAGUCGCAAGUUUGUCCGACAGGCAAUCGAGCGCCACCACUUUGACCGCCCUGGACGAUGAUAGCCAGGACAGCUUUGCAGAUCUGUUCCCUGAUGCCGACCUCGAUGAUGAGAUGCUACGUAGCAUCAUAGACGAUUCCGAGAUGGUCUCGGGGAGACCGCCAAGUCCGCCUAUACGCGAACUAGAUCGCGACUUUGCCCACCUUGUCAGUAGAUCCUUAUUGACCUCGAUUUUCCGACACAUAUCCAACAUUUUCCAUCCGGACCGACUCACGACCUAUUCUGCAAGGGCUGUCCUGGGCCUCGGCGAUUCUCGUCGCGAGGUCCGUGACCGAGGCCACUUGGAAGAAGUGAUACGAACGGCUUCACGUCGAAGCCAUGUGGAGUUGGCCAUUGACUGCUGGACAGGCUGCGCUCACGUGCUCGUUCAGAACGGUCUGCGAGACUGGAGCAGCUUCCUGUCACACGGCAUUGGGUCCUUCAAGCACUUCAAUGAUGGUAUUGCCGGCCGCGACAUCGGGCUACGUUUUUUGCAAAAUGCAGCAUCGCUAGACCGUACAGCUUUCGAAGAGCAUGAAGGCGAAUUCCUUAUUGGCUGGUUCGCCAGUGCUCCCUCCCCCAACCUGUCUAUCCAGCACAUCUACACUCGAACGCUCAGUGAUGUCCAGCCUCAACAUCCCUGGCUAGCGAGCGCCCCGUGGACCCGGGACGAACGUGGCGUAUUCCAUCAGAUCAGCCUCGAGGCGUUCGAGCAAGAAAGGACACAAGCUCUUCGGAACAUGUUCAAGGUGAUGGCGCACGAGUAUGGACAUUCGCAGCAAGGCAACGUUGGUAGAAAAGAAGACCUACUGUGA